AUGACCGAACUCCUGAACAGCAUACUCACCAUGAUUAAGGUGUUCCAGAGAUAUGCCAAAGAGAAUGGGGACUCCACCUCACUAUGCAAGGAAGAGUUGAAGCAGCUGCUCUUGGCUGAGUUUGGAGACAUCCUCAGGAGACCAAAUGACCCAGAGACUGUGGAAACCAUCUUGAGCCUCUUGGAUAGAAACAGAAAUGAGCAUGUUGAUUUUCAUGAAUAUCUCCUGAUGGUGUUCCAAUUGGCCCAAGCCUGCUAUCAUAGGCUGGAUAAUGAAUCAUAUGGAGAUAGAACCUCUCAGCAAGAAAGGAAGCAGGAGGGAACACAAGGCCAUACGUUUCUAAGAAAUACAGGCAGACAACACAGGAGGAGGCAUGAGGGGGAAAGGCAGGAUUCCUGCCACAGUCAGUCUGAGAAACAAAGCCAGGAUACCCACCAAGAUCAAUUUGAGAGACAAGAUGGGGACUCUCGCUAUGGUCAGUCUGAGAGACCAGACAGGGACUCCCACUAUGGUCAGACUCAGAGACCAGACAGGGAUUCCCACUAUGGUCAGACUGAGGGACAGGGUCAGGACCCCAGCUCUGGUCAAAGACUGAAUAAUAAAUCUGGCAGUGGCAAUCCUGAAAGACAGGGCUAUGUCUUUGCCCUAAAUCAGUAUGAGAAACAACUUCAAGAUUCUCAUUAUGGCCAAUCUGAUAGGCUUGGACAACAGUCAAGCUAUGGCCAGUCUGGAAGACUUAGAGAGGACCCUCAGUAUAGCCAAACAAACCAACAGGAAUCAGGCUCUUAUAAUGAACAGUCUGGAAGGCUGGGUCAGAAAUCAGGCUGUGGUCAGAGAAAUAGGCAAGAAUUGGAUUCUCACUGUGGCCAGACAGACAGACAAGGUCUGAGCACUCACUAUAGCCAGACAAGGCCAGACAGACAAGGUCAGAGUUACCAUUAUGAUCAGACAGACAGACAAGCCCAGAGCUCUCAAUCUGGUCAGACAGACAGACAAGGCCUGAGCUCUCACUAUGGCCAGAUGGACAGACAAGGCCUGAGCUCUCACUAUGGCCAGACAGACAGACAAGGCCUUAGCUCUCACUAUGAUCAGACAGACAGACAAGGCCAGAUUUCCCACUAUGGUGAGACAGACAGACAAGGCCUGAGCACUCGAUAUAGUCAGACAGACAGACAAGCUGUGAACUCUCAAUACGGUCAGUCAGAGACUGGGGAAACUAGGCAAAAUAGGUACUUCCAAGGGAGUGAGGGAACAAGCAGAGACUCACAUGUUGAGCAAUCAGGAAGGCCAGGAAGACCAAGUCAACAGAUUCAAGGACAGGAAGUAAACCGAAAUCAGGGACAGAGAUCCCAGACUAGGGAAGGGCAGCAGAAUAGUCACCAGGCAUGGGAGUCUGAAGAGGAUACCCAACACAAACUAGUAGCACAAAUUCAGCAAGAAAGGCCACCCUGUCACAAAGGGAGAAACUGGCAGUCACACAGUAGUGAGCAGGGCCACAGACAGGCCCAGACCAGGCAGAGUCAUGGUGAGAAGCAGAGCCACCAGGCAGAGGAAGAGCAGGACCACCAAAGCUGUGGUAGACACAGUCAUGAGGGUCAGGAAACUCCAUGUCAGAGUCAAGACAGGCAAACCCAUGAAGAUGAGCAGAUCCAUCAGAGACGAGACAGGCAGACUCAUGAGGAUCAGCAGACCCGUCAGCAACGAGACAGGCAAACCCAUGAAGAUGAGCAGACCCGUCAGAGACGAGACAGGCAAACCCAUGAGGAUGAGCAGACCCGUCAGAGACGAGACAGGCAAACACGUGAAGAUGAGCAGACCCGUCAGAGACGAGACAGGCAAACACGUGAAGAUGAGCAGACCAGUCAGAGACGAGACAGGCAAACACGUGAAGAUGAGCAGGCCCGUCAGAGACGAGACAGGCAAACACGUGAAGAUGAGCAGGCCCGUCAGAGACGAGACAGGCAAACCCGUGAAGAUGAGCAGACCCGUCAGAGACAAGACAGGCAAACACGUGAAGAUGAGCAGACCCGUCAGCGACGAGACAGGCAAACCCAUGAAGAUGAGCAGACCCGUCAGAGACAAGACAGGCAAACCCAUGAAGAUGAGCAGACCCAUCAGACACGAGACAGGCAAACCCAUGAAGAGGAUCAAAACUGUCGACAACAACAGGAUCAGCAAACCCAUAAGGAUAAAGAAAGGUAUCAAGAGUCCCAGUAUCAACAAUCCCAAGGGACCCAGCAAGGAUGUACCAACAGAGAAAAAUUCCAUACGAAUGAAGAUGGCCAGAGUCCAAGUUCCCAAGGAAGACGCAGUGACCUGGCCUUCCAUCCAACCCAGAAUGCUGGGAGGCCCCAAAGAAGAGAACAGGGUGGAAGUCACCCUAUCAAGGCAACUAUUGCUCCCAAUCCACUCUAUGACUACGUACAAGAGCAGAAAGGGGUUUGGCACUAG